CACGUAGUGGUUAUAUACUCUGGCAUGUUUGGCAUUUACCGCUACUUUUGUGUCUUUUGUUAAUCCAAUCGGUUGGACUGUUCCGCUAUACUUUUGUUAUUAACGACGUUAAAUAGUACUUACCUGCAACUUUCUUAACGUUAUCGUGCUGAAUUUGUAAAGAGUUAUUUAAGGACCAUGUCUGGAUUUAAUCCGUAUGGGAACCCACCCCUACACUUUCCACCCCAGAGCCAAAUAUACCCCCACAUAUACAACAACCCUACAAAUGCUCCGGUGCCUGGGCAACAAGCCCCACAACACGCCCCACAACCAGCUCAACCAUACCCAUAUCAGCCGGGCUUUGCAUAUGCAUACCCUGGACAACCUGGAAUGGUGCCGUCUGGACCUGGCAUGGCCCCAACUCCUUCGUACCCUGGACAGAUGGCAGCUGCACCUUCAGCACCUGUAUCUUUCUCAUAUGCUGGCUAUCCUAGUGUCACUCCACAACAAGGAUAUGGGCCGGCCAUUGAAUGGAUUCCAUCGUCCACCGGAGACGCAGCCUCCCUAAGCGACCAAGCUGUGGUGGCGGGGUACGAGAGCUCCGAUGGCAGUCCUCUGUGGGUGAUCAGGGCGCGGUUCGAAGGAGACCUGAUCCCCGGCAAGUUCGCUGCUAAGCACCGUGCGGCGUAUGUGCCUUGGGGCAGCAAUGAAAACUCUGUUGAUCGUUUUGAGGUGUGCUGCGCGCGUCCGGAGAGGAUCCGCUGGAGCUCGAGCCGCGACGGCGCCGUGCCGCCCAACGCCGUGGUGGGCGGCAACACGGCGGCCGGCGAGCCGCUCUACGUCGGCCGCGCCAAGCACGAGGGCUCGCUCACGCCGGGCAAGAUUCAACCAUCGCACAAAAAUAUGUACAUUUCCUAUGGCGGUAAAGAAAUACCCCAUAACACCUACGAGGUAUUGUGUACUAUUUGAAUAUGCUUCGAAUAUACCGUCAAACCCUCCAACUUUGCCCAAGACGUUAUUCAAUAUUCAAGUUAAAAUAAUACUAAUCUAAUUCAUAUUUUAGAUCUGUCCUUUUUUAGGGUUUUGUAGUCACGUAGACCAGUGGUUCCUAACCUUUUUAGUACUGGGACCCCUUUGACUAACUAGGGAACUUGAUUUUACCCCUCCUCCAUAAUCAUUAAUAUUUUUUCUCAAUAGAUACGUACCCCCGUAAAAUGGCAGUUUUACCCCCACGGGGGUAAUUACCCCCAGGAACCGCUGACCUAGACCCUGAUAGUUUCGCCAUGUCUGUCUGUCUGUCCGAGGCUUUGAUCCGUGAUCGUUAGUGCUAGAAAGCUGCAAUAUGUCAUGGAUACAUAAAUCAUGCAUUGCGACGGAACGGUAAAUAGAAACUAUAAAAAAAGAUUUUUUUUUGCUUUGUCCCAAUAUUGUGGGGUAUCGUUGGAUAGGUCUCUCAAAACGAAUAAGGGUCUCCAAAAACCAUGUUUAGGGUUCCGUACCCAAAGGGUAAAAACGGGACCCUAUUACUAAGACACCGCUGUCUGUCUGUCUGUCUGUCCGUCUGUCACCAGGCUGUAUCUCAUGAACCGUGAUAGCUAGACAGUUGAUGUGUUUCUGUUGCCACUAUAACAACAAAUAUUAAAAACAUAAUAAAAUAAAUAUUUAAGUGGGGCUCCCAUACAACAAACGUGAUUUUUUUGCCGUUUGCGUAAUGGUACGGAACCCUUUGUGCGCGAGUCCGACUCGCACUUGGCCGGUUUUUGAUAUAGUUUUAAUAUUUUCGGAAAUAAUCGCUCCGGAAGAAAUAAAUAUGUCCCUCCCCCUCUAACUUUUAAACCAUGGGUCCAAAAAAAUCGUGAAACAUUAGCUUAGUGAAUACUUUCAAUGAAAACUAUAGCGAACAUGAUCAGUCCAGUCGUUUUUGUGUUAUUGCAAAAAAUCUUCUUUUCUUAGUAAAAA